UUUUCAUUAAAAAAUUUGCGACGCGUCACUGUCGCUUGUCGGCGUUUAGGCGUAGUUCUGAUUGCUGUUUAGUUUUGUCAAUGGUUCUGCCUGUUACGGUACCGUAACGUACCCCUAUACAGUUUUUUCAUUUCAACGCAUCUUUAUUUCAACUCGAUUUUAGAAACAUGAAGUCAUUCAUAUUUCUUCUUGCCUUCUUAAGCCUAUUUUUAGGAGAUGCUUAUGUUGAAUCUAAAAAGGAAGCUCAAACUUUAGGCGAAAGAGUGCAAGAACUUUCGGAGAUGUCGUCAAAACGAACUAUUAUUCGACUAACUGGUGAAAAAUUUCGCCAGUUCAUCAAAGCAACUCCCAGAAAUUAUUCAUUUAUAGUUAUGUUAACAGCUCUUUCGUCUCAUCGGCAAUGCAUGGUAUGCAGACACGCGCAUGAUGAAUUUCAGCUCGUAGCCAAUUCUUGGCGUUAUACUCAAAUCAAUGCAAAUAGGUUAUUUUUUGGAAUGGUAGAUUUUGAUGAAGGCCCUGAUGUAUUUAAUUCUUUAGGUAUGAACUCUGCCCCAGUAUUCAUGCAUUUUCCUGAGAAAGGUAAACCAAAGAAAGGUGACCAAAUGGACAUACAGCGAAUUGGUUUCCAAGCAGAAACCAUAGCUAGAUGGAUAUCGGAAAGAACCGAUAUCACAAUACGUAUAUUCAGACCUCCUAACUAUUCAGGCACAAUAGCUUUGGCUAUACUAAUUACUUUGAUAGGUGCUCUUUUGUACAUGAGAAGGAAUAAUUUAGAUUUCUUAUAUAAUAAAACUUCCUGGGGCUUAGCAGCGCUGUGCAUUAUUUUUGCAAUGACUUCUGGUCAAAUGUGGAAUCACAUUCGUGGUCCUCCUUUCAUGCAUCGUACUUCCAGAGGAACCAUCAGUUACAUUCAUGCAAGCAGUAGUGGACAAUUUAUUGUGGAAACGUAUAUUGUGAUAAUACUGAAUGCUGCUAUAACUCUGGGAAUGAUUCUACUAAAUGAAGCGGCAGUUCCUAGAGGCGAUUCCAAGAAGCGGAAAAUUAUGGCUGUAAUUGGAAUGGUCAUUUUUGUGGUAUUUUUCAGUCUAAUACUAUCAGUAUUUAGAAUGAAAGCUCAAGGGUAUCCAUAUAGUUUCCUAUUCAAGUAAAGAAGAGUACAUUAAUUUUAUGAUAUUAGCUAAACGGUAAAUGAGACUUAGUAAAUAACUCACUGUAGUGAGUAAAGAACAAAAACUAUUUUUCACUGAAGAUUAUGGUAUCACAUUUCAAAGCAUCAGCAUUAGACCCAACAAAAUUGUAUAAUUUUGGUUUAAGAUAGAAAAACUGCAUCAUAUUCUUAUAAAAACAAAUGUUUUCUAAAUUUGAGUAAAACUUUCAUUCUGUUUCAUUUUGUUGCCCGUUGUACGUUGAAAUAUUACAUCUUAUUAAAGAUUUUAUUUGGA